CUCCAUUCACAUUACGCAACAGUAGCGGUACCGGAAAAAAAAAUGUGCUCCACUAAGCAAAAACAAACGCAAAAUCGCUCCGCCGACAACGGCGGCGACUGGCGUGAAGAAACCAUCGCCGGCGGAUCCUUAAAACAUGUAGAUUUAGACAAAGGCAAAAACGGCUGGGCAUCACCCCCAGGAAACCUAUUCAACCUACGUGGCCCAAACUACUUAACCAAAAAGACAAAAAUACCCUCCGGCGCGUGGCUCUUACAACCCGCUGGUGUCGACUGGCUCCGAUCCAACUCCAAACUGGACCACGUCCUCGCCCGACCCGACAACCGCGUCAUGCACGCGCUUCGCAAAUCCCACGCGCCUCUCAAGACAUUCAUAAUCGCUGUUAAUCUACAAGUCCCAGGCAGGGACCACCACAGUGCGGUCUUCUACUUCGCUACAAACAACGAUGAACCGAUCGAACCGGGUUCAUCACUCUACCGGUUCAUUAACGGUGAUGACGUGUACCGUAACUCCCGGUUCAAAAUCGUGAACCGGAUCGUUAAAGGUCCAUGGAUUGUUAAAGCAGCAGUUGGGAAUUACUCAGCUUGUAUAUUAGGUAAAGCUUUAAAUUGUUAUUACCAUAAAGGUCCUAAUUAUUUAGAAAUUGACGUUGACAUUGGUAGCUCAACAAUUGCUAGUGCAAUUUUACAUUUGGCGUUAGGUUACGUAACGUCUGUUACGAUCGAUAUGGGGUUUUUAGUGGAGGCACAAACGGAAGAGGAGUUACCGGAAAAAUUGUUUGGUGCUGUUAGGGUUUGUCAAAUGGAGAUGAGUUCAGCUACUUUUGUUGAUAAUACGACGUCGUCGUCAAGGAAAGUAUUACCUAAUGGUAAUUUACAUAAUAGUAGCAGAGUUCAAGCAGAGGAGAACGGUGAAAAUGAGGAGGAUUAACAAAAAAAAUGACUUUUUAAUUUAAUGUUUUCUAAUUCUGAGGGGAAUUGUUGGUGAAAUGAAAUCCCAUGUAGAUAGAUGUCUAAUUUUAAGGUGAAGUUUUUUUUUUUCCCCCUCUAAUAAAAGUUCCUUUCUUCCUCCCA